UCUCACCCCAUUCAGCAUAUGAAAUGGUUUACUUCAACAACUUGUCCUCAGUUUCUCCACAAUCUUGUUAAUGACUCGCUUACUUGAGGCAGUUGAGGCAAGGAAGCAUCCAAAAUGAUGGCCCUACAUAAAACUCUGUCUAAAUACAUAAGUAGGGGAAUUACUGUGUAAAACAUUGGCAAUGUGGACUUACAAUCUUAAACUACACUGUCCCUCUCUUUCUUUUAUGAAAUGGUGAAAUUAAUUCAGUGUUUUAUAACUAUUUACUCCUGGUUUCUAGGCUCCGUCUGUCCCUGUCUGCUGAAAUCAUUUGAAUAGUUUUUUUAAAGCAGGAAGAGGAGAGAACGUUUGCAAUGUGCAGGCUGUAAGGGAAUGUCGGUGUUACGCUUCCACAAAAGAAUAUAAGUGAGCGAGCUGCAGUCGCCUGGACUUGCAACUUGGAAUACUCUGUGUGCAGGAUGUCUGGGAACAAGCAAGGCAGGGAGAUAGUGGAAAGACAUCAAAGGGCGAGGGUGCCAAGAUUUUUUUUUUCCCUUUUCUCCCCAGCAGGCAGAAGUGCCUUUAAAUUUGCAAGUGGUGUGACUGAGUGUGAAAGUGGAAGAGAAAACGCCUGUAGAAUAGGAAUCAGAGAAAAGUUUACUAAAAAGCAGGUUGUAGGUGUCGUGCAGAGAGAGAAUAAUAGAGGGGUCAUUUUUGUAGUUAAACCUACAGUGUGACUCUGAGCUGUAAUCUACCCUGACCUAGCCUACACUCACACUUGACUGACUAAAAGCCUGCCACUGUGUGUUGGACAAACUGAGACUUUAGUUUUAUUGCAUUAAUUGUGUAUGUGCCUUGAAGUUGGUCAUGUGGAAAAGGUAGUCUGCGUCAAAGGGAGGGGGAAGAAGAGGAGGAGGUGGAUGAAAAGAGGGGGUGUUCUUGAGAUAAGAGGCUUGGAAAGCGGCUGUAAAUACCCCUCACCCCCCUUCUGUCUGCACAUGACUUCAAAUAUUCAGCAACCGGGCUUCUCAUUCACCCCAAAUUCCUUAACCCUGUAUCCUUGCCACUGUUUAGCUUCAGGGCCAUUAUAAGUCAUGGCCAUGUUGAUUGGCUGAAGGGACUUGUGUAAGGUGCUCACUGGUUGGCCGACCCUAGAUCCUAGUAGUUUUGUAGGGAUUAUGCUCCAUCGAUUGGGCACGCUCCCAAACCCCUGCUUCUGUUAUAAAGAGAGGAAGCGAGUGAUAGAGAGGGAGGAAGAGGGUGGGAGGAUGAAGGGGGAGGGGCAUCGUCCUUCUGAGUGUCUCACUUGGGGUUUUGUCAAAUCGUACUCAUCUCGUGCGCACAUGUGCUCAUGUCAGUUUAACCUGCGGCGUCAAAAAAGUCUUAGCUUACAGUUUGACCGCUUUCAUCAAGUGAUAGAAGAUGGAAGGAUGAAGAUUUGAGGAUCAUGAUGGAAUAACUUCAUUCCAAAAGGUGGCGAACAGAUUUUACCUCUAUUUUUGUCAUUUAAAUAGAUACAAACCUGGAUGCAGAUGGAUAUUUUUCUUUUCCUUUAGAUGGUUUUUGUGUCUUUAGGUGGAAGUCAUAAAUGCUCUUUGGACUGAUCCCGCAUUCUUCUGCAGCCUCUCGCCCUUUUGGGGAUCUUCUGCUAUUGUUUCCCUUCUGCUAUUUAGCAGGAUCAAAAGAAGCCGGUGCAGCUUCAUAUGAAUCCAGUAUGAAACCAUAAACUGCAAAUUGGAGCGCCAUAUUUGAGGGAACCCCAAACCGAUGUCACAACCACAGCAAUUUAGCGUUGCAGCUUUUGUUUGAUUAUUCACACGAGUUCUAAAACACACACAACCUGUAGAAUGGAGGUGAUGGCAUCUUGCUGGAGGGGACAGGAGGAGCAAGCCGCCAAACUGAAGGCAGAGAAGAUCCGAGUUGCCCUGGAGAAAAUCAAGGAGGCACAGGUCAAAAAGUUGGUGAUCAGGGUCCACAUGUCAGACGAGAGCUCCAAGACCAUGAUGGUGGAUGAGCGGCAGACAGUCAGGCAGGUGCUAGACAGCCUGUUGGAUAAGUCGCACUGUGGCUACAGCCCUGACUGGUCCCUUGUGGAAACCAUCACUGAGUUACAGAUGGAGCGCAUUUUCGAGGAUCAUGAGAACUUGGUGGAGAACCUGUUAAACUGGACCCGCGACAGCCACAACAAGCUCAUGUUUAUUGAACGCAUAGAGAAAUACGCUCUUUUCAAGAACCCUCAGAACUAUUUGUUGGGGCGGAAGGAGGCAUCAGAGAUGGCUGAUCGGAAUAAAGAAGCUUUGUUAGAGGAAUGUUUCUGUGGUGGCUCGGUGUCUGUGCCAGAGAUGGAGGGAGUCCUGUGGCUCAAAGAGGAUGGGAAGAAGUCAUGGAAGAAGAGAUACUUCCUUCUCAGGGCUUCAGGAAUCUAUUAUGUCCCAAAAGGCAAAGCUAAGGCCUCCAGAGAUCUUGUGUGCUUCCUGCAGCUUGACCAUGUUAAUGUGUAUUACGGCCAGGACUAUCGCAGUAAAUACAAGGCUCCUACUGACUACUGCUUGGCUCUGAAGCAUCCACAAAUCCAGAAGAAGUCCCAGUACAUCAAGUAUCUGUGCUGUGAUGAUGUUAGGACCCUCCACCAGUGGGUGAAUGGAAUUCGCAUUGCCAAGUAUGGUAAGCAGUUGUAUAUGAACUACCAAGAAGCCAUGAAGAGGACAGAAGCAGCCUACGACUGGUCCUCUCUUUCAACCUCCAGCAUUCGAUCAGGCUCGAGCUCUGCCAGCAUACCUGAGUCCCAGUCGAAUCAUUCGGGACACUCGGACAGUGGAGUGGACACAGGCUCCUCUCAUGGCCGGUCCCAGAGCGUAGUGAGCUCCAUUUUUUCUGAGGCUUGGAAAAGGGGUACACAGAUGGAGGAAAACUCAAAGAUGAGAAAUGAGGCUUCCCGGGGGGCUACGCUGCCACAUUCUCACAGCCACCGGCAUCACAGCCAGCAUUCUGUCGACCACCCACCCACUUUUACGCCGCCUCCACAGCUUCAGGCACAGCCUCAGCAACCAUCAGUGCAACCUCAGCCACCACCCCAACCACAAUACCAGCCUCCUCAGCCUCCAUCUCCUCAACAGACCCCAUAUCCUCCACCGCCAGCCCCACCACCAGCCCCGCCUCCAGAGGCACCCCAGUCUCCGCAGCACCAACAACAGACCAUCAGUGGCUACAACUACAUGCCACCAGAGCAGCAGCCGGAGUCAGCUCCUGCCCCAGCACCACCUCCACCUCCACCCCCGCCCCCGCCCCCUCCUCCUCCCCCACCGCCAGUUCAAAUGGUGUCACACCACUCCCCGGCUCCUAUGUACAAGUACAGCACCAUCACCAGGCUGCAGAACCAGAAGGCUUCACAGGCCAAUCACAAGUUACCCAGUCACCUCUACGCAACAGCUCAGCAAGUCUUACCCACCGGUCCACCGCCUCCCCUGGCACAGGUCAUCAAACCCAAUGUGAAUCACAUCGCUGCAAGGACUAAUGUCCCCCCUCCACCUCCUCCUCCUCCACCGUCCAUGCCAACCCCUGGGUCAGCUAUGGCUGUGUUGAGAAUGGGACCACCUAGUCCAGCUACACCACCUCCGUUCAUCCCUCCGCCUCCAGCUCCUCCACCUGCUCCACUUAGCAAUGGUGUCGCAUUUCCUCCCCCUCCUCCUCCUCCUCCUCCUCCUCCACCACCUUCCGCACCAGCUCCCAUAAGUCAACCUGUGUUCACCAGCGGACUGAAGCAGGCGCUGAAAGAACGCUUCCCCAGCCCACCACGGGACCUCCUGUCUCCAAACGGAGCCCUUGAGGAUUCCCCUCCACCUGCUCCAGCUCCAACACCCCCUCCUCCUCCACCCCCACCACCACCUCCUCCCCCCCAACAAUUCCCAGUCCCAGCCCAGUUUCCACCUCCUCCUGGACCCCCACCAGCACCACCCAAAACCUUCACACCUAGUUUUGCUCCUCACACUGCCCCCAUGCCCAUGUCUCCGGUCCCCCCAUUCCCUCCUGCUCCACCUCUUGCUCCCAUGGUUGGCCCAACUCCACCGCCGCCACCACCACCCCCACCUCCACCACCUGCACCUGCACCCAUCAAGAAACAGUUCAGCCUCCAGGUGGGACACGCCUCGAGCCACCCCCCACCAACUCUGCCCAAGCAGCAUAGCCUCUCUAAACCAGCAACCAUUCCCACAGGCGCUCCUCCUGUCAUGUCUUUGGUGAAACAACUAGCAAGUCAGUUUCCAGGAGCUCCAUCCCAUGUAGCAAAUUACACAGACACCCCCAAAGCCCCCCUCUCCCCACCCGCAGUAAAAACUAAACCAAGAUGGCAACCUGGUGGUAGUCAGCAGCUUCAGUCUGCAGAGUUCCCUCCUCCACCAGACAGCAACCAUGGCUUUCCUGCACCUCCUCCUCCACCUCCACCUCCCCCAGCACCUAUCACAGGCCCAACACCACCACCUCCUCCACUGCCUCCUGGAAAUCUAAGUUCACCCAUAAGGAGGUCCCCCUCUGGCUCCUCCAAUUUUGGUGGCAAGAAACCUCCCCCUACCCCUCAAAGGAACUCCAGCAUCAAGUCCAGCACCUCCGAUUCUUAUGAGGAAUCCAGGAGAAAUUUGCUCAGUAAAUUUGCUCCUCAGAGCAACACAACCCCUUCAUCCCCUUGUCCCCCCUCAUACUCUAAUGGAUCCCCUUUGAAGGACCCCUCAAAUGGACCACCUGCUCCCCCUAAACCGGGAAAGCUCAACCUAGCAAACCUGCCUUUGGCACUACAGGCGAAAGUGAGUCAAGCAAAGCAGUCAAGUGGUGAUUUCCCCUCUCCACCACCUGAGUGCGCCUAUUUCCCACCUCCUCCCCCAGCCUCUGAGCUCUUCCCACCUCCACCACCCCCAGGUAAUGACACUCACAACGGAGGACCCCCAAGGGUAGCUGUGGUGAACCCCCAACCGCAGGCUCCUCCUCCUCCACCCGUUUCCCUUGUAAGUAACUCAACAUGGGGAAAGAGCUCACUGAAAAAGACUCCUCCACCUACGCUGGUGCGACGUAGUAACACCACCCCUGAUCCUCCUCCAGUCUCACCUCCUCCAUCCACUUCCCCAAAGGGUAGUUCAGGCCAGCCCAACUUCCUUGAGGAUCUCAACCGGACACUGAAGCGAAAGUCAGUGGGUCGGCAGGGGUCGGCCAACUCUGCAGGCAAGGACCCUGUGGGGACUAUGGAUGAUAUGGUGCUGCCUCCGCCACCCCCCGAGCUGCUCCUGGAGCAAGGAAAUCAAAGCAACGGAGGAAAUGGUGGCUACAUGUCCGGAAACAUCUCAGGCUAUGCAACGCUACGACGAGGACCCCCACCUGCUCCUCCUAAACGGGGGGAUGCUACCAAACUUACUGGAGAGUGUUGAACUCCAAAGUAAAGAUAGAUGAGCAAAUACUGAAAGAAUGAACUUCUCAUAUUCUCUUGGGACUGCAUAUAUACAAAAAGCCAAACCAGAACAUGGUGGAACCGUGCAUUUUUUUAAAACAUGCUAGGCAUUUUAGAUCAAUGGGAAUACAAUAUUGGGGACAGUCAAGACUGGAGCAGGUAAGUUUGAAGUCACAGGAAGCUUAAAAUGGUCUUAAUUUUCUGUGAUUAUCUAAACUCUCCUGACUGUCCUUUAUGGUAAACGUGACCCAUCUGGUACACCAAGAUUUAAAACAACACUAUUAGGAAAUGUGCAAAUAUUACUGGGUCCAGGUCUGAGCCAAAUCAUGCACUUGCAUCUUUGACACACAUCUGUGCCACGUACUGGAAACAAACAAAAAUAGAAACAUCAGGAUCUUUCUGCAUUGAUACUGCAUGGACCACAUGUGAUGACAAGCUGUAAAUCAUGAAGCUGUUCUGGUGUGUGUGCAUGCGUGUAAGAGAGAGAAAGAGAGACAGACUGAAUAUGCAUGCAUGCAUUGUGUGCAUGCAUACACGUAUGUGUGAUUACAUGACAGUGAAGUAGUUAACCAUUAGAGAAGGCAUUUGUGGAACAAGGAUUGUUUGGUUUGCUUUUUAUGAAGUUAUUUAAAGGAAGGAUUUUCUUAUUAGUGUCUUUAAUAGCCGGACAGUCUCGAGAGGAUCAGAAGGUUUGGGCAUGGUGGAAUGUACAUGUGGUGUUUUUGAAAACAUUUGAAUUGCACACAUGAAGGCAGUGAUUCAGUAAUCCAAAUAUUUUCUGCUAAAUUCUGUAUUUUUAGACUGUUUACCCACUUGGCAAAUGCAAAUCAGAAGGAAGCCUUACCCCAAAAGUCUAGCACAGUAGUCAAAACAGAAAAGGAGAUAUCUUCCAAAGGCUUCUAAAGCGUCUGGACUGUGCAACUGGAAAGAAACAUAAACAAAAAAGUUUUUUCUUUCUAUUUUACUAAAUGCAAAUCUUAUAAUGGACUUGUUUAAAUAGAAGGGAGGCCUAUGGUGGUGUAUCUUCGUGGACUGUGUGAGUUUCCUGUGUGUUGGCUUGAUUUUUGGACCUUAUCCUUCAGUUUGUAUCUGUACAGUUGCAGCUGCUGCUCAGUUACUGUUGGGUCACCCGUCGCCUUCUUAAACCACAUGGUAUCAAUAUCCAGGAAGUAGAAAAUCUUACUGGAUUCUCAUCUUGUCUACGAACGGUGACCCCGUUGAGGGAGAUGCAUUUGUCCAAUUAAUGUACAGAGCAUUAAAUCGUCAUAUAGUAGAUACUACAUCAUCAGGCUUGCAUUAGACUGAAUGUGCUUUCAACUCUGUCUUGUUUCUUCAUGGUGCCAUUGCUGCUUCAGCCCUUUGUACACAGGGACAACGGCUGAUUUUUGUAUCUCCAAAGUCAAGCAUGAAGGGUUUUCAUUUCUAGCAGCAAUGCUUUCAUUUUUAAGGUGCUAGUGCUGUCCUUUAAGUAACCCAUUCUCAACAUGUUCUUGUGUCCCAGGAUUACAUAUCAUUAAUAUUUCACAUUAUUUAAACUGAUGUUAAAUGGGAAACCAAUACUGUUCCCCUCAAGGCUUAUUAAACAUGCUAUUAAUUUGUCCUACUCGGCUAUAAUGGUUUAACUAUCACCUGAGGACAGUAUAUCUCGUCUCAUAACACAAUAUCCUUAGAAGGCUGUUUGCUGCAGUACAUUAUGUAAGUUAUUGAUGUGCUGAUGUGACCAUGUGGGGCCAAAUGAAGUGAAGAAAAAAUAAGGUUGAAGGUUGAGUAAAUGUGUCCUCUUGCAUUUAAACUGAAAAAUCACAAUAUAAAUGUCCAAACCAGA